AUGACUGAUAAGAGUGAGCUGCAACCAGUGGUUCCGCCAAGACCCACAGAACGUACAGAGGUUAUGCCAUCGAUACCGAUGUCUCGUCCAGUGAGAACACGUACAACGAGUGAUUUGGAUAAGAAGCCUCGGAUCCCGACUAACAGGCCUCAAAGGAGGCAUACUAGGGAUAUAGGAGAGUCGAGGGAGGAGGAAUUUCCAAAGUUAGGCGGUGACGAUUACACCGGUGGGGAUGCUUUAGAGUCGAACAGCGUGACGAAUAAAUCUACUGAAACGGCUAUAGAAACUGAAAUUUUGAGCGACAAGCCCCAUGAGGCAGAACACUCCGAAGAUCUCGAGACAAGUGCCAAGAGCUCAGAUGAUGUCGAAAGCGUCGUGGAGAUUGAAAACCGUGCUUCAAAAGAAGCCACAACUCCAAUUGAGAGCCUCUCGCCCUGUGCAACAAAAACGAAGGUCUCUGAUCAGAUCGCCCCUCCAAGCCAAUCUGACGAUCAUGAAGCUGACAAGGCAGGCACUUCGACAGAUUUGCUGGAAACUACUGAACCUAAAAUUGAAGUCUAUCAAGCGAAUGAAUCUGAGUUGGAACUUACGUCAGAUAAACCAAGGAAGGUGCUCAGCGCGAGUAGUUCUGCAAAUGACGUUCAGCAACCCGAAGAUGAGCUACGAGACUUGGAGCUGACGAAAGAAGCUAACGAUCAUACGCCAGUAGCAGCCGAAGGAAUACCCAAGGUCCCACAACGUCCCAAACGUAAGAACCCGCCACCUCCACCGAAAAAACCGUCUUCCAAGAUCGCAGCUUUCCAGGAAAUGCUUGAGCAACAGCAGCGAAAGGAUUUGGGUAGAGGAUCUGAAGAGAGUAAAGGUUUCAAAGCGCCAGGGUUUGGGGGUAAUCGAUCUAAUAUCGUUUCGAGUCUUGACGGAAUUUUUGCGCGAGGAAAUGGGCCACCUGUCAACUCUGCUGCAAAAGUUGCAGCGGGGAACUCAAGUCCGGGGAUGAUGUCUUCCGGUGUCCCUGACAAUGUUACCGACAAUGUUGCCGACAGUGACGCCGACACUAUAAUGUCGAAGGCAACAAACACACCCCGAUCAAGAGGUCCGCGGGGUCCAAAAGGUCGUAAACUUCCCAAAAGUCUAGCCAAUGUGGAGAAAGUGGUUGCUACGCCGAAACAAAAUUCCAUUUUCGUAAUCAAGACAUGGUCGAUCACAUCUGCGGAAUUUUCCUUCGAAAGUGGGGCUCUUCCGAAACCACAGGAUGAGCCUAUUUCACCAACGGCACAAGACCAGGACAACCAAGGCGUUAACGAACUAUCAAGUUACCACACAGAUUCUAUCAGUAACAGUACCGACGAAUUGCAAAAGACUAACCACACAGCUUCUAUCAGUAACAGUAUCGAUGAACUGCAAAAGUCUUGUUCGCGUCGUAAUUUUGAAGAAUCGGACGAGAGUGUCUCUGUGAGCGAAUCAAGAACGUCUGUUUUCCAGAAUGGAGACGCGGUGCGUAUCAGUCACACGCCAGAAGAGAUUGAGCGUCAAAUCCGCACGGGACUGAUUGGCGAUGAGCAACCAGAGACUCCAGAGGCUCCGGAGCGUCGAGAAUCCACGACAGAGAGAAUUGAACAAUUAGAUCCACACGACGAUCUGAACUGA